AUGGAUGAGGACGAGGAUGAAAAUGCAGAGAGUGCCCAACAAUAUGAUGAAGAGGGUAACCUUGUGGACGAUGAAAUGGUCGAACUACAUGAUGACUCUGUUCAAGGAUUCUUUACCCACAAAGAGCCAGUAUAUGAUGUCGCAUUACAUCCUAUCCAUCAAAACAUUGCUGUCAGUGGUGGUGGAGAUGACAAGAGUUAUCUGUGGAGAUUAUAUGAUGGAGAACAACUGUACGAGUUUGGAGGUCACACCGACUCGGUCACACAGGUUGGCUUCAGUGUCGAUGGUACUUAUGUCGCCAGUGGAUCCAUGGAUGGUAAAGUCCGUGUCUGGAAAAGUGAGACAGGCGAGUUUGUUUGCGAACUUGAAGGACCUGAUGAGGUUGUGUGGAUUAACUGGCAUCCCAAGGGCAAUAUCAUCCUGGCAGGAGCAACUGAUUCAUCGGUCUGGAUGUGGGCUGUACCUUCGGGUUCAUUUAUGAACGUUUUCAAUGGUCACUCAGGCCCUGUCACCAGCGGCAUGUUUACCCCCGAUGGCAAGAGGAUCGUCACAGUCUCAGAGGAUGCUUCGUUGAUUGUCUGGGAUCCCAAGACUGCCACAGCGAUCCAUCGUAUCACCUCAGAGGACGCACGUUUUCAUAGUGAUGUCAUCACCUGCUUGGCCAUCAGCAAAGACAGCUCCCUUGCCAUGACUGGAUCUGCAGAUGGAACUGCGAAACUUAUCAACCUUCACAGCGGAACCAUCCUAGGAUCAUUCGAAAAUCACACGGACGCAAUAGAAACAGUUGGAUUUUCGGAUCACAUGAAUUUGGCAGCUACAGGAUCUUUGGACGGACGACUGAACAUUUGGGAUGUUCAGACUAUGCAGCUUCGCACCACGUGUGAACAUAAGGGACCUGUCAUCAAACUACAAUGGCAUAAGAACCAACCCUUGAUCACCUCGUGUUCCGCAGAUCGCUCCGUUCAAGUUUGGGAUGCAAGAACAGGUCAAAAUGUCAAGCUCUGGCUAGGUCAUCAGGAUACAGUCCUAUGCUUUGCAAUGACAAAUGAUGGCUUGACUUGUGUCACUGGUUCAGAUGAUGGGUGUGCCUUGGUGUUUAGAAUGGUUGAUAAUUAA